AUGGAUACUCUUAUAAACUAUUAUUCAAAUCUUAGCAAACCACUCCCAGAAGCUCCACCAAAGCAAUGGGAUGUCAGUGAAAAAAACUUUAGCUUAAAUGGUCCAAUCCCAGUCGAUCCAUCAAGCAGUGAUAAAUGGAUUUGCAGAUGUGGUCAAUCUAAAAACUAUCCAUAUUGUGAUGGUUCACAUAAAAAAUAUAAUGAAGAGACUGGUCUUAAUGAUUCACCAUUAAAAGUUGAAAAAGGUAGUGAAAUGGUUUACGUUUGUAGAUGUGGUCAUUCAAAAGAUAAACCAUUUUGUGAUGGUGCUCAUUCAACUCUUAAAGCAAUUGAAUUCGAAAAAGAUAAUGGUGGUAUUAAAGCUAUCAUUCGUUAUACAUUCCCACUUGUCUCUUUUGUUUUCGUUGGUAUUUACUUAAAGAGACAAUUAUUCAACUAA